ACAUGUCCCCAAUUCGACGUGUUUAUUUCAAUUCUGAUUAAGAUAUUUACAUAUAUCGGCAAUGGAGUGUAUGAUGAGCUUACAGAGUGCUGUCACUCAAAAGGCCUGGUUGGCUGGCUUUAAGCAUUCUAAAGGUUUCAGGUUCGGAUCGCCUUGCAGAAAUGCGUUUCGGGAACUGAAUGUUUCUUUGAAGGCUGAGUCGGGUGUGGCGGCAGAAUCUAUUACUACCCAACGGAAAAAGAGGCCACAGAAUAAGGACGGUGAAUUCUAUGUCGACACGAGGUGCAUAGAGUGCGGUGCAUGCUGCUGGAUGGCUCAGAGCACGUUUAAAAGGAUUGAUGAACAAUGUGCAGUCUAUGAUCAGCCCAGCUGUGCAGAAGAAAGACUUGAGGCUCUCCAGGCUAUGAUAUCUUGUCCUACAGCAUCUAUACAUUCAAAGAGUCCUGCCGCUGACAUUUUACAAGCACAAAUGUCACUCCCUCUUCCAAUAAACAAGAAGACUCUUCCUGGCGUUUAUCAUUGUGGAUAUCAUUCCAUUAAAUCAAAUGGUGCAACACCAUACCUUAUUGUCCAUCCAAAGGGAAACAUUCUUGUUGGCAGCCCUAGAUAUUCAGAAUGCCUUGCAUAUUAUAUCGAACACCUUGGAGGGGCUCGCUACAUGUUUCUGACUCGUGGUGAUGGUGCAGCAGACCAUGCUAGAUGGGCAAAACGUCUCCGGUGUGAUCGCAUAAUGCACAUUUAUGAGGUAGGCAUGUCUACAGCUGAUAUUGAGUUGAUGUUAGAAGGCCAAGGUCCAUGGAGUAUUUUUUCAGACUUUGACAUUAUUUUCACACCAGGACAUUCAAAGGGUUCUGUUUCACUGUUUUAUAAGCCACUGAAAGCAUUAUUCACUGGUGACCUCCUGAUAGUUUCAACUGACAGCAAAUUGGACGUUUUAGAGGAGUGUAACAGUCUUGCAGCCAAACAACAACUUGAUUGCAUCCGACAUCUUCUAGACUUGGACUUUCAAUGGAUUUUACCAGGACACGGCAGGAGAAUUGAAUUCAAAGAUUCAAAACAAAAAAAUUAUGCUCUAGAAAAGCUUCUUGCAAGAGAGAAUGUUAUCCAUCAACUCGUUUAGAAACCUUGUCUCUCAGGUUUCUUCAGGUUGCCAUGCAAUUUUUCCAUAAAAUUUUCACAGUUGUACAGUGUACAGUAUUCAGAAGAUCCAGUUGACGACUUUCUGAUUUUAAGUCAAAAUUUGUACAUCAAGCUGUAAAUAACAAUGCUAAUGCAUUUAGAAUAUGUAAUAACUAACAAGUUUCUGGGUCAAAACUUUGUCAACGUAUAUGGUCUGGCACAGAUAGUACUAUUUGUUACUCAAUGAACCUGUACAAUGUAGUAUCACCAUUCUAUUAAUUGAGAUCAUAAUUUACACAA